AUGUCUGUGUUCUGCUGUCACAGGCUGCUGGGGACAAGGAUCUCAUUCAUCUCCUGGCUCUCUUGGCUGCUUUGGAGCAGCACGAUGCUUUCUCCUGCCUGGGGAUAUGUGCUCCUGAGCUCAGUCUCUUGGUCAGUCACCAAUGAGGUAGAAGAGGAGCUGGACAGCUCCUCCAACGAGGAGACGCUGCCUUCCCUCCUGGAAGACACCACCAGCAUCUGGAAGCAGAGCUACCCCGCCUCUGUUUACAAAGAAGACAGUGGCCUGAGGUCCAGACCAGGGGCUGGGAGGUCCAAGCAGAUCUCGUCUCCUUCUAGGAUGUUUUCCUAUAGAAGGGAAAGUGUCAAAGGGACAGGCAGCCUUCCCCCUCAGGAGCACUUCAUCCAGACUGCCCGAUCCCUGGCUCACACUAACAGCUGGGGCUUUCUGGCUACUAUAUCUACCCAGGAAAAGAUCAAGGGUGUGCCCUUUGGGAACUGUUUACCCAUCAGUGAUGGACCUUUCAACAAUAGCACUGGGAUUCCCUUCUUCUAUGUGACUCCAAAGGACAACAUUGUUGCUGACUUGAUGAAAAAUCCAGUUGCCUCCCUGACCCUGCCAGAAGCAGCAGGAGAUUUCUGCAGAAAAAAUAUCAUUGACUUGGAAGAUCUUCGAUGUGCUAGAUUAACUCUUACAGGCCAGAUGGUUUCUGUGUCUCCAGAAGAAGUGGAAUUUGCCAAGCAAGCUGUGUUUUCAAGGCAUCCAGUGAUGAGAAAAUGGCCACGUCAUUACGAAUGGUUUUUCAUGAAAAUGAAUGUUGAAAACGUGUGGCUCCAGAACUGGCAUGGAGGAGUCUCCAACAUUGAAACAGAAGAAUAUUUCAAAGCUGUUCCAAGUAAAGCUUGA